AUGCAAGAGACGGAGGACUACCGCCGGAAAUUUCUCUCGCGGCGUCGUAAUCCGUCAACAAGAAGAAGUAGAAGAAAGAGAAAGGGAAAGGGUUGUUCAGGAAAAUUAGAGGAAGAGGCAGAGGAGGAGGAUUGGGGAUCGGAAUCUGAGGGAAAUUUCCGAUCGAGCGGUGAUCGGAGGGUGCCAGUUCGUGAAUCCGAGGUUUUAAGAGAGAACAAGUCUAUUUCUGGUGAGAGCGUGUAUCAGAAUUUUGAGGAUUCAAUCAUAAACAGGUCAAUUUCUGUGACGUUAUUGGAUCCGGAUGUGUUGGAUUGCCUGAUCUGCUUUGAACAUCUCUGUGUUCCUGUCUUUCAGGGUGUAAAAGUUACAGUUUUUGUUAAUCCAACAGUGGGGUUUGGGAGGAUAGAGUUUACGCAGACUUUAACCGUGCCUGGUGGAGGCGGAAAUGUGGAUCUGUUAAAGAGUUUAGUUGGGAGAAUUGCUGACAGUGGAAUGACUGUGCUUAUCCCAUCUCAUGUGUGUGGGAAUGGGCACAUAGCAUGUGCCCCUUUCUGCAUCAAGAUUGCUAAUAAGUGUCCAUCAUGUUGUUUGCCAAUUGGAUAUAACCGUUGUCAAGCUAUGGAGAAUGUUCUAGAAUCUCUGAAAGUGUCAGGCGUGAACAAUAGGAAUGGUUGCAAGGAGAUUCUGAAUCUUAGUAAGAAAAUUGACCAUGAAAAUGUAUGA